AUGAACGAAAUCAAGGCUCACACUAUUGAAUUGAUGAUGGCAAUGGUAGACAAUCCAUCAAACGCGGCUGAAUAUACAUUGGCCAAAAUAUUAAAUCAACCUGUUCUAUUUGAAAAAGCCAUAGAAGAAUUGGACAAUAUAGUUGGAAAAGAUAGGUUGGUUCAAGAAUCAGAUAUUCCUAAACUUAAAUUCUUGAAUGCUUGUGCAAGAGAAAGUUUUCGCCUCCAUCCCAUAUCUGCUUUCAAUCUUCCUCAUCUUUCUACGAAUGAUACAAUAGUUGGAAAUUUCUUGAUAACAAAGGGUAGCCAUGUAUUGCUUGGAAGAACUGGUCUAGGGAGGAAUCCAAAAGUUUGGACGGAACCUUACAAAUUUCAACCAGAACGUCAUCUCAAGAAUGAUGGAUAUGAUAUAUCUUUGACAGAGUCGAAUUUAAAGUUCAUAUCUUUUAGUACUGGAAGACGUGGUUGUCCUGGUGUGAAGCUUGGUACCAUAAUGACUAUCUUUUUAUUAGCUAGGUUUCUCCAUGGCUUCACUUGGAGUGCACCUCCCGAUAUAUGA